AAGCAUUAGCAUCAUAGGAGAUGUCACCAGACCCGCAGGAUAAUCUACGCACAUUCCUAAAGCAUUUGUAUGCCGAGUGCGUCUAUCGCUAUCAGAAUGUCACGUCAAAGGACCAGGCAACAGGUCAGCCAAUCAAACCGCCCCUCUUCACUUUACCAAUAGAUAGAUUCUCCAUCUACAUAUUCCAUAUAGAGACUGGCGAUGAGGAGCUGCUAUUGGAGGACUAUACCAAACAAUUCUUAGAGCAGGCCGUACUCAAUGAGGGCAACAUUGAUAUGCAGGAUGUUGAUGAGCAAUCGGCCAGUGACAAUGAGCUUUAUGCGACGGUUCUAACCGCAACAAUGGCAACAAAUCAGCAUUCCAUCCCAUACAGUGGCAGCAACAACAACAACAACAACAACAAUGUGAACAACAACAAUAGCGAAACCGAACGCCUCUUUUGUCCCGUGAAUUUUGAUGGAUAUCUGUGCUGGCCACGCACACCAGCUGGCACCGUAUUAAGUCAAUAUUGCCCCGACUUUGUUGAGGGUUUCAAUGCCAAGUUUUUUGCCCAUAAAACAUGCUUGGAAAAUGGCUCUUGGUAUCGACAUCCGGAAAGCAAUCAAAUCUGGUCGAACUACACCAACUGUGUGGACUACGAGGACCUGGAUUUUCGUCAUUUUGUCAAUGCGUUGUAUGUGAAGGGAUAUGCAUUAUCUUUGCUGGCAUUAUUAAUAUCGAUAAUCAUAUUCUUGGGCUUUAAAUCCUUACGCUGCACUCGCAUCAGGAUACAUGUGCAUCUAUUUGCCUCUCUUGCUUUCACCUGCAUCGCCUGGAUAUUGUGGUAUCGUCUGGUUGUUGACCACUACGAGCGCAUUGCUGAAAGUCCACCCUGGUGCAUUGGUCUCCACUUGGUCGUACACUAUUUUAUGCUGGUCAACUAUUUUUGGAUGUUUUGCGAGGGUUUGCAUCUACACUUGGUUCUGGUUGUGGUCUUUGUUAAGGAUACGAUUGUGAUGCGCUGGUUCAAGCUACUCAGUUGGGUGUCGCCCCUACUCUUUGUAAUACCCUAUGGCAUAGCUCGACACUUCAGUGCCAACGAUAAUCAGCACUGCUGGAUCAAUGACAGCUUCUAUCUAUGGAUCUUCUCGGUGCCCAUCACACUCUCACUCUUAGCCAGUUUCAUCUUUCUUAUCAAUGUGCUGAGGGUAAUUGUACGCAAGUUGCAUCCACAAUCGGCACAACCGGCACCAUUGGCCAUACGUAAGGCAGUGCGUGCCACAAUUAUAUUGGUGCCACUUUUUGGAUUGCAACACUUUCUGUUGCCCUAUAGACCCGAUGCUGGCACCCAAUUGGAUCGUUUCUAUCAGUUACUCUCGGUUGUGCUCGUCAGUCUACAGGGAUUUGUUGUUUCAUUUCUGUUCUGUUUUGUCAACCAUGAUGUUACCUUUGCCGUACGCACUCUGUUGAACAAGUUAAUGCCCAGUUUGGUGUCACCACCGCCUGCCGGGAGUAAUACUGGACAAUUGGCCACAACCACGCCCAGUCGCGAGCUGGGUGUCUAAGCAAAGACGCAACAAGAUACAAGCAAUCGAUAUGACCCAGUUACGCUUCUGAAUUCCAUUU